GUAAACUCUACAGGGUAAUUUGAGCAAACGGGGGAUGGGAGGGGAAUAAAAAGCUCCGAUCAGCCGGAGGUGUGGGAACAGGACGCAGGAAGAGACGCGCACACGUGGAGGAACAAACGCAGCUCCACUUUCAACAAGUCACAGCGAGUCUUUGACCGGUGAGGAGGCAGGAAUCAGACAAUGCUGCUGGAGGAGGCCAAAAGGUGACUGGAGCAAGAAGAGGAAGCUUUUAGUUGUCCUCUGUCAGUGAUUAAGAGGAAUCAGAAGCAGCCUGGAAAGUGGGCGCACAGGAGAUCAUGGAAAACCCCUGGAGGAGGAGGAGGAGGACGCAGGCGGUGAGAUGGAAGUGGCUGAGGAGCUCGCUGCUGCUGUGUUUAUUCACUGGUGGAAGUGAGGCCCAGUGUGAAGGAUGUGUAGAGUACUGCUGCGAUGGAUCACCACCUUUCUGCUGCUCCUACUACGCCUACGUUGGAGACGUCCUGUCGGGCACUGCCAUCUCUGGGAUCGUGUUCGGUGUUGUGUUUUUAAUGGGGGCGGUGGCAGCCUUGUUCCUCUGCGUGUGCAUGUGCAUGAAGAACGGGCGUGGCGCUCGGGUCGGCGUCUUCAGCACCUCCUACAUCAACACUGUGACCCAGGGCUACCCAGGGGAGAAAAUGGUGACGGUGUUUUCUACAUGGUCCUCACAGGUCCUCCACCACCGUACACCUACGACUAUGAGAUGUACCCUCCGUCCCUGCACCCUCCACCUUACACCCCAACCCAGGCUCGGCCGGCCAACUACUCCCCGCCUCCUCCUUACCCCGGCUGCACCCGCAAGUGAAUCUCUGCUGCACAAGAAGCUCUAAUUGUCUGGAUCCCCCCGACUUGGAGACGGUUGCAGAAAUUCUAAAGCAGCUCUGCGACCCAAAAUUUCCACUUUAAAACAUAAAGAGAGACCCAACGCAGCAUUAUUCAGCCUGCCAGAACACCCUGUUCAGUGUCACUGCUGCUCCGUAGUGGAGCAAAUGGUGGGAAAAUAAUCACUUAACAAAAUGUGGGUCAGGACAGUCAAAGAACGUCCCAUCACGUCUGAUAGACUUACCUGUUAGCGGCCCUGCUGGCCUGCAGCUGGUACUUUUUGCUCACUAAUAACCAAUAUCCUUAUCUGUUCCUGCCUGUGCACAUCAAAGGCAGCGCACUGCUUUGAUGAAGGUGAAGACCACUUUUGUCAGCACGGAGGGGAACCUCACAUCACUGGAGGGAAAAAAAAAGACUUUCCAGGACACAAUGUAGACUCUGCUUUUAUGGAAAGUUAUCCAUUUUUCCUUCCUUUGUUUUUUUUUCUCUUUAAACUGUGUCAGUGGCUGAGGUGGGAGUUGAUGAUUAAAGCUGUUUUCAACAUGGCAGGUCUGGACCUGUCAUGCGUAGAGACAAAGACUUGAACAUAAUGCAUAAUAACAGUGACCUGAAAGGCACGGAGAACUUUAAAGGCCUGGGUUGAUGGUGAUGAACUGGUUUUUAUUGCCUUACUUGAAACAAGGAGGGAAGGAACUGAACCGAGCUCACACUGAAACAGAAAAAUGUAAAUGUUUUGUGAAUUGUGAAGCGUUCAUAAAGAGGCUAACUGAGGUUUUAAAUUUGAAGUGGCUUCGCUGUGCUCCGACCGAUUCAUGUGAUCUGUGAAUGAUGGAAGGGUUUUAACCGUAUAAAUAAUGUCGGGUAAAUAUGUGUUUCUUUACUGUUUCAGUGGCUGUGUUGUAAAUUAAAGAUGUUUUUAAUUAUGAA